UCGUUGGUCUCGGAUUGCGAAUUUGCAUUUGCGCUCCUAAUAUUCAAGUAAAUUCUAUUCGACCCUUCAUCUUCCCCUCUCUCUCUAUAUAUACAACGACGGCGAUGCAUUAAUUUUCCUGCUUUUUCCAAUCUUCUCUAUAUAAUCUUCUGUUGAGAUUAAGUCGCCGCAUUCGCGCUCAAAAUCGAAAUUAAUAAUCGGAAAACUUCGCUUUUUGAGCUAUAUUAGAUUCCUGAACCCUAGGAUUGCAUUUGAAUUCUCCGUUGAACGAUUUGAUCUGUACGGAUUGGAUUGGCCAUGCGACGGUUGUCAUCGGAGACGAUCGGCCUCUUGAGAGAGAACUCCACCACCACCAUCGCCGCCGCCUCCGCUUAUUUUUUUUCGAAUUAGCCGAUUGUUGUAGAUAUCACGAUGACCGUUGAUACGCACCUCCCUAGCUCGAGGGGCCUGAUGUGCAACGCUGGCGCCGGUGCCGCAGCUGGAGUGAUUGCAGCCACUUUUGUGUGUCCACUUGAUGUUAUUAAGACAAGGCUGCAGGUCCAUGGGCUGCCGCAGCUCACGAAUACUAAUAUCAAAGGUAGUAUCAUAUUCGGAAGCUUAGAACAGAUAUUUCGAAAGGACGGGUUGCGUGGCAUGUACCGUGGGCUUUCGCCUACUGUGCUUGCGUUGCUUCCAAAUUGGGCAGUGUAUUUUACAAUUUAUGAUCAAUUAAAGAGUUCGCUUGGUGCUGAUGAUAUAAAUCAUCAUCAGCUCUCAAUUGGCGCGAGCAUGAUUGCUGCUUCUGGUGCUGGGGCUGCGACUACGAUCGUCACAAAUCCUCUCUGGGUUGUCAAGACAAGGUUUCAAACCCAAGGAAUGAGACCAGGGGUGGUUCCUUAUAGGGGGACAUUUUCGGCCUUAAGAAGAAUCGCACUUGAGGAGGGUAUUCGGGGACUAUAUAGUGGUCUUGUUCCAGCUUUGGCUGGUAUCAGUCAUGUUGCUAUUCAGUUUCCUACAUAUGAGAAGAUAAAAAGUUACUUUGCUGAUAAACAUAACACCACCACGGAUAAACUUGGCGCUAGCGAUGUUGCUCUUGCUUCCUCAGUUUCAAAAGUAUUUGCUUCCACCUUGACAUAUCCCCAUGAGGUUGUGCGUUCAAGGCUUCAAGAACAAGGACACCACUCAGAGAAACGGUAUUCUGGUGUGGUGGACUGCGUCAAGAAAGUAUAUCAGAGCGAAGGCGUCCCUGGCUUUUAUCGGGGCUGUGCCACUAACCUGCUGAGGACAACCCCAGCUGCUGUAAUCACAUUCACCAGUUUUGAAAUGAUUCAUCGCUUUCUUGUCACCGUGUUCCCUCCCAGCCCACACCAUCAAGCGCUGUGAGGUUGAAGCUUGACUGAGCCGGUUUGAAGAAGCAGUUAUACAUGAGUUUCACUUGCCUUAUAUACUCCCUUCUCUCCUAAUCAUGCUGAAUUCUAGUUUUUAGGUAAGAGAGUGAUUGAUGAUGAUGAUAAAUUCUUAUGAUACAAGAACACCCAAUUAAAUUUUUCCAAUUUACUUCUUAGGGAACUGUAACAUCCUCAGAUAUGGUGAGACAAACAUUUUUUCUCCUACCAUGGCUUUAAAAGUAUCAUACCAAAUUCAUUUAAUUUCA